AUGCAAUUUUGUUUUGCUAUAGUCCACUGCAACGACAAGGAACUAGACCUUAUCCCGGAUAAUUUGGAAUCCGAAAUUAUGUUUAUAGUCAAACUGGAAUUGGCUAUUUCAGGAGCCUGCAUUUGGGGGAUUUAUUCGCUCUCCACUUCAUCUGUUCUACUAUCAGAUAUUUGGAAACUUCAAUUUGAUCCAUCAUGGGUUACACGAGCAAUGAGUUUGAUCAACAGCAAACUGACUCUGCAGCAGUUAUUAGCAGCGGGAAAGAGAUUUUACUGCAGGCCUUCAACUGGGAAUCUCAUAAACAUGAUUGGUGGAGAAACUUAG